AUGUUUAUUAUAUUUGAAUCAUCAUCAUUCUAUGACGUCAGCCAUGAUGAUGACGAUGCUUCCACACAAUCAAUCACACCUUCUUGCAUGCAUCCAUCAUCAUCAUCAUUCGUAUCCUCACCUUCCAAUCUCAUUCUCACUCAUGGUACAACUACUGAUAUUGCUUAUUAUUAUGAAAUACUAGGUACAAGACAUAACAAUGUUGAAUAUUUGAAGAAAUCAUUAGGACUCUAUUUGAAAUCAUUUUGUUUGAUUCAGAGUCGAACCUUGUGUUACAAAUUAGCUCACUUAACCAAAGAUGUUUAUUAUUGUAAAUUAUAUUGUAACAUUCAAAAAGAAUUGAGAAAGACUAAUACGAGUGCGUUAUUGCAAAAUGAUACACCACUGCCAUUGGAUACCAUUAUUGAUCGGUCCAUAGAAUACUUUAAAUUGACUCUCAAAUACAUUCAUCAAGAGAUCUAG